AAAUAAUAAUAAUAGUAAUAAUAAUAAGAAACAAAGAAAGAAAGAAAUUAAUUAACCCACGCAGGGAUAUUCUGCAAGGGAGAGAAGAAUCUCUCCUUUAUUCAAUCAGACCUUUGGAACCUCGCUCGUGGAAGAAGCCUGAAAAGCUGUUCACCUGCAGCACAAUUCUUCUUUGUUUGUUUGUUUGUUUUUUUUUUUUUUUUUUUGAAAAUGGAAUUGUAGGGGAUAGCAAAAACCUGACACUGCAAAUAGUAGUCAAUAGCAUGCAGAGAAAGGCGGAGCCUUGCCUUAAUCUUCUCCUCCUUUACCUCCGCCGUUGCUCCUCCAACCAACACCAACACCAACUCCAACGCUCUUCCUUUCAUUCCUUCCACUCUCGCACUCUCUCCCCAUUUUUACCCUCUCACCCCUCCCACCGCGAAAACCAGAGCAAUAGCUCCACAUUUGGUUCCUCGAAAAGAUUCCUUUUACUCGGAUUGGUUUCCUUGGACGGCCUUCGCCGUCCCGGUUACCAUCAAUACUCCUCCCAUCGCGAUUUUUUUACGAGGGCCAAACAUGCGAAGAAGAUUGAAAUCAGUGAUCAACACAGUCAACGAGCGGUCACAACUGCAUUGUGGUGCAACUUCCUUGUCUUUUCUCUCAAGUUUGGGGUCUGGUUAGCAACCUCUAGCCAUGUUAUGUUGGCUGAAGUUGUGCAUUCGGUUGCAGAUUUUGCAAAUCAGGUGCUUCUUGCUUAUGGUUUGAGUAGUUCAAGACGUGCACCAGAUGCUCUACAUCCUUAUGGAUACUCCAAAGAAAGAUUUGUUUGGUCUUUGAUAUCUGCUGUCGGUAUCUUUUGUCUUGGUUCUGGAGCUACAAUUGUUCAUGGCUUUCAGAACUUGUGGACUUCACAGCCCCCUGAAAAUAUUAUGUAUGCAGCUCUGGUGCUUGGUGGUUCAUUUAUUAUUGAAGGUGUUUCACUGGUUGUUGCCAUACAAGCUGUCAAGAAAGGUGCAGCUGCUGAGGGAAUGAAAGUGAGAGACUACGUCUGGCGAGGUCAUGAUCCUACAUCUGUUGCAGUAAUGACAGAGGAUGGUGCUGCAGUUACUGGUCUUCUCAUUGCUGGAGCAUCGUUGGUUGCGGUGAAUAGCACAGGGAAUGCAAUUUAUGACCCUAUAGGUUCAAUAAUAGUUGGAAAUCUACUUGGAAUGGUGGCUAUCUUUCUCAUCCAGAGGAAUCGGCAUGCUUUAAUCGGUAGAGCGAUGGAUGACAAUGACAUGGAGAAGGUUUUGCGUUUCUUGAAAAACGACCCGGUUGUAGAUGCUCUAUAUGAUUGCAAAAGUGAGGUUAUUGGACCUGGAUUCUUUAGAUUUAAGGCUGAAAUAGAUUUUAAUGGUGUGAUGGUAGUGCAAAAUUAUCUAAGUAGGACCGGACGUGAAGAGUGGGCCAGACAGUUUCGUCAAGCGGCAAAUGACAAGAAGGAUGAUACUGCACUGCUCAAGAUCAUGUCAAAUUAUGGUGAGGAAGUAGUAACGGCUUUAGGAAGUGAAGUGGAUAGGCUAGAAAAGGAGAUCCAGGAGCUUGUUCCUGGUAUUCGGCAUGUUGAUAUUGAAGCCCACAAUCCAACAGGACCAUCCCCGUGAAUCCACUUUUUUAUACCUUGAUUGUAUUCUUUUUAUGAUCGUCAACAAUUUUAAUGAUAUAUCCAGAAUUGCCAAUAGGUAAUCGACAAGUUAUCCCACCUUUUAGCUUUAGAACAGUUUUUUUUUUUUUUUUGAGUGGCUUUAGAACAGUUAAAGAAUGCCUGAACUACUUCCUCUUCAACUGAAAAAAUGAAGAAAAAAGCUGCUGUAAUAGAGGAUUAAUGUUUUUUUUAGCAGCUCUGUUCACUAAACUGACAUUUGUACAGUGUUUUGGCGGAGACAUUUCUGCAAUACUUGUAAUUUUUUUUUUUACAAGUAAAAUUUUAAAAAAAGCACAUAGGGGCACAA